CUUUCUUUUGCAAGCCCCUAAUAAAGACUAGGGGAACAAAACAACUCUCUCUCUCUCUCUCUCUGUCUCUCUCUCUCUCUCUCUCAGCCUCACUAAACAAUUUAUUCUUCUGGAAAUAGCAAAAAGUGGAAUGGAAUAAAAUGUUUUUGAUCUAAACCAGGUCCAGAUUGCAGGCUCUCUAAAACAGAAAAAUUUAACUUACCCAGAAAACAGAGGAAGCAUAGAAGGAAAAAAAAAGAACAGAGCAAGAGGGACAGAGAAAGAGAUGGGAGGGGUGACAUCGUCCAUGGCGGCGAAAUUUGCUUUCUUUCCACCAAACCCACCUUCAUACAAACUAAUAACAGAUGACCUCACUGGUCUCUUGCUUUUGAGUCCCUUCCCUCACCGUGAAAAUGUUGAAAUCUUGAAAUUGCCCACUAGGAAAGGUACUGAGAUAGUGGCAAUGUACAUAAGGCAUCCUAUGGCCACCUCUACUCUUCUUUACUCUCAUGGGAACGCUGCCGAUCUGGGGCAGAUGUAUGAACUCUUCAUCGAAUUGAGCAUCCACCUGAGGGUUAAUCUCAUGGGGUAUGACUAUUCCGGGUAUGGGCAAUCAUCUGGGAAGCCAAGUGAGCAGAAUACAUAUGCAGAUAUUGAAGCUGCAUACAAGUGUCUAGAAGAAAGUUAUGGCACCAAGCAAGAAGACAUUAUCCUUUAUGGACAAUCAGUUGGAAGUGGCCCCACCUUAGAUCUUGCUGCUCGGCUGCCUCAGUUACGAGCUGUUGUUCUGCAUAGUCCCAUACUCUCGGGUUUAAGAGUCAUGUAUCCUGUCAAGCGUACAUACUGGUUUGACAUUUAUAAGAAUAUUGACAAAAUCCCACUAGUUAACUGUCCUAUUCUUAUCAUUCACGGAACUUCAGAUGAAGUGGUCGAUUGCUCCCAUGGUAAGCAACUCUGGGAACUUUGUAAAGAAAAAUAUGAACCACUAUGGCUUAAAGGAGGGAACCACUGCGAUUUAGAGCACUUUCCAGAGUAUAUCAGGCAUCUGAAGAAGUUCAUAUCAACUGUUGAGAAAUCUCCUUCUCAAAGAUACAGUUCAAGGAGAAGUACAGAUCAGUUUGAACAAGCCCGGAAGAGUACUGAUGUAUUUGAGGUUUCAAGGAAAAGUACAGACCGGAGAGAGAAACCGAGGCAUAGUACUGACAGGCCGGAGAAACUAAAAGGCCAAUCUAAUCAUGCAGAAAAGCUGGAAAAGCUCAAAAACCAAUCGAAUAAUGCUGAUAAGCUAGAAAAGUUGCGAAUCUCCUUUGAUCAAAUGGAAAGGUCUCGAAGAAGUGUUGAUUGCCUCGAGAAGUCCCGGAAAAGCAUCGACCAUCAACUGGAAAGAGCACGAAAAAGCGUUGACAGGUUGGAUAGAAUACGAACUGGUUGAUACUUGAAAACAACCGUAAAAUAUAUGCAUGGGUUUGGUCUUGUGGGGAAUUUAUUUGGCUUUUUCUUUUCUACUUUAUAUGGUUCUUUUGCCUUGCAAUUGGCUUGUGUUAUCUCUAUAAUUACUACUGGCAUGAAAUGAGAAAAGGUUUGGUGUUACAUUGAUUUACUA